GUGAAAUAAUUAAAAGCAGAUAUCACUACUUCACCACCCGCUUCACGACGGCAACCGCGACACGGUGAGGAAGAGUGAACAUGAGAGACCGUGUUGUCUCUGCAGCUGGUCCUCGUAACCGGAGACAAUGGGUGCUUUUGUUCUCGUUGGCGUACGUUGGCGGAUUUGUGCUGCUGGCGUCGUUCUUAACCACACCUAGCUCGGUGUUGGCGGUUUCAACGGCUGCCGCCUCGCCUAGGCACGGUGGCGUCGGAACGAAAGAUGCAUUCGGGUGGGAGGAUGCUGGCGACGAGGAAGAAGGUUACUGUGCACCGUACAAUGGGAAGGUUUGCAAGCGGUUCAUUAACAGCCGGCAGGUGUGGUACAGCCGCGAAGAUGGGACCGGUGGUUGGGAGAACGAGAAAAUUACUACCGCACUGUUUGAUGAUCUUAUUACCGAUUUGCCACAGUACUGUCGCCCGGCCGCGGAGAAACUACUCUGUGCGUACGCUUUCCCUCAAUGCGUCAUCAAGGACGGUACCACCAUACGUUUACCACUAUGCUACGAAGAUUGUGUGGCCACUUAUCUACAAUUCUGCUACAACGAUUGGGCCCUCAUAGAGGAAAAGAAGGAACGUGGCGAUGUCAUCAAAUCGCGAGGCCAUUUCCGGCUGCCAAACUGUGAAGAAUUGCCACGAUACAACAAAACAGCAAAACCUCCCGUCUGCUCGCACGUGGGCCUGACCGAACUCGUCUCAGAAGAAGUGACCUACGAUUGUCGUAUGGGAAAUGGAAGGUUUUAUCUUGGCACGGUUAACGUAACUAACACCGGUAUUCCAUGCCAAAAGUGGGAUUCACAGGAACCACACUCGCACCAUAAACCUCCGUUAGUGUUUGCCGAGCUGCAGGAAGCGGAAAACUAUUGCCGAAAUGCGGGCGGAGAAGAACCGACCCCGUGGUGCUACACAACUGAUAAAACCGUUCGAUGGCAGGCUUGCGAUAUACCGCUUUGUCCAAAUUCUACCGAUGCCAGUGACAUUCGUGGCAAAAUAGACAUGACAAUGGAAUCGGUCUUUACACCAUCGAUGAUAUUCCUACUAUCGGGUAUCGGAUUCGUCGCCAUUGUCCUUCUCCAUCUGAUGGUGUUGCUUUGCUAUCGUGUAUCUCGCCAUCGGCGCAAUCGCCGCCAGUCGGGUGCUGCGGCCGGUUAUAACACAGCCGCUGCCCAGGAUGGUCAAGGAAUCGAUAUUAAUAAGCUUCCAUCGAACGUAAACUAUCAUCGUACCGGUGCGCAGUUAAACCCCAAGCUAGAAAAGCUUGAGUUUCCUCGCAACAACAUCAUCUACAUUAAAGACCUUGGCCAGGGUGCAUUCGGGCGCGUCUUUCAAGCGAAAGCACCGGGUCUAGUAUCGGGUGAAGAUUUUACGCUAGUCGCAGUAAAAAUGCUUAAGGACGAAGCUAGCCAAGAUUUGCAGGUCGAUUUCGAACGGGAAGCCUGCCUGUUGGCUGAAUUUGACCAUCCCAACAUAGUGAAGCUGCUGGGCGUAUGUGCCAUCGGGCGGCCGAUGUGCUUGCUGUUCGAGUUUAUGGCUCGUGGUGAUUUGAACGAAUUCUUGCGCCAAUGUUCACCGUUUGCACAGCAAAACCGUGCGGAUAGCAUCAGUACGGAGCUGUCGCACGGUGAUCUGCUAAACAUUGCCCAUCAAAUAGCGUCCGGCAUGGUGUACCUUUCCGAGCGCAAGUUUGUGCACCGUGAUCUGGCCACCCGCAACUGUCUGAUCGAUGACCAUAUGGUGGUGAAGAUAGCGGACUUUGGAUUGUCGCACAAAAUCUAUCUGCAGGAUUACUACAAGGGUGACGAGAACGAUGCCAUUCCGAUCCGCUGGAUGCCGCUGGAAAGCAUCCUCUACAAUAAGUACACGAUCGAGUCGGACGUUUGGGCGUACGGUGUUUGUCUGUGGGAAAUCUUCUCGUUCGCCAUGCAACCGUACUACGGGAUGACGCACGAGGAGGUAGUAAAGUUUGUGAAGGAGGGAAACAUGCUCGGAUGUCCAGAAAAUACGCCCCUCACCGUGUACGAUCUGAUGCGCAAGUGUUGGAGCCGAAAGCCGAGCGAUAGGCCCAGUUUUCAUGUGAUCUACCAGAAGCUUCAGCAGAUACGGGCCGAUUUCGAUGGAAAAAUGCUGAUGUAGCCACAGUAAAGGACUAUUCGGGGUG